AUGCCGGGCUGCCCCUUUGUUAUAGUAAGAUCUUUCAUCGUGAGGCUGGGCAUACCUAGACCCGUGUGGCAGAUGGUGCUGCUGGAUGCUGCUGCCCGCCCCAUGGAGGAAGCUCAGCUCAUUGCUGGGGUAGGUGUGCCCACAGGAUUCCCAGAGGCACUACAACCCAGGGGGGAAGAGGAAGAGGAGGAAAAGCAGAAGGGCUCCGGGCCCAUCACUUUCACUCUGGGCAAUGAGAUCCUGGGGCUGGAACCUGACAACAAUUUCCAGAGCCCUGAUGCUGAGGUCUACAUGCACUUCAUGAGAAGUCACUGCUGCUAUGAUGCCGUCCCCACCAGCUGCAAGCUUGUUGUCUUCGACACCACGCUAGAGAUCAAGAAGGCUUUUGUGGCACUCGUGGCCAACGGGGUGCGGGCAGCCCCACUGUGGGACAGCAAGAUGCAGAGCUUUGUGGGGAUGCUCACCAUCACUGACUUCAUCAACAUCCUGCACCGCUACUACCGCUCGCCUCUGGUCCAGAUCUACGAGGUGGAGGAGCACAAGAUUGAGACGUGGAGAGAGGUGUACUUGCAGGGCUCCUUCAAGCCACUGGUCUACAUCUCCCCAAGUGAUAGCCUCUUCGACGCCGUCUACUCCUUGAUCAAGCACAAGAUCCAUCGCCUGCCUGUCAUUGAGCCCAUCUCAGGCAACGUGCUGCACAUCCUCACCCACAAACGCAUCCUCAAGUUCCUCCACAUCUUCGGCUCCACCAUCCCCAAGCCGCGUUUCCUAAAGAAAACAGUGCAGGAGCUGUGUGUCGGCACCUUCCGUGACGUGGCUGUCGUACCUGAGAAUGCUCCUGUGUAUGCUGCUCUGGAGAUCUUUGUGGACCGCCGUGUCUCUGCGCUGCCCGUUGUUAAUGCUGCAGGUCAAGUAGUUGGGCUCUACUCCAGGUUUGAUGUCAUUCACCUGGCAGCCCAGAAGACCUACAACAACCUGGACAUCAGUGUGCGGGAGGCACUGCGGCAGCGCACCGUGUGCCUGGAGGGCGUCCUCACCUGCUACCCCCAUGAAACCAUGGAGGACAUCAUCGACCGCAUCGCCGAGGAGCAGGUCCAUCGUCUGGUUCUGGUGGAUGAGAACCGGUACCCGCGGGGCAUCGUCUCCCUCUCUGACAUCCUCCAGGCCCUGGUGCUCACUCCCGCAGGUAUCGAUGCUCUUAACUCUUAGCCCGCGACGCUCCAUCUUUCUCCAUUCGCACCCUCCAUUUCUCUCCACUUCAGGUAGGCGCUGCCCCUCUGCCACUGCAGAGCUGGCCAGGGAGGGGGGUCUGGGGGCACUGGGGGUGCCCAGGUGGUCACAGCGGGACCAAGGUGAUGGUUGUCCCAGGGUCUCUAGGUGGGAUGCAGGUUGCACACUUCUUUGGGCUGGGUGAUGGUUUGGGGACAUGAUGUAGCCCAAGACAAAAUCCAUCCUUUUGGCAUUGCCUCCUGGUCUUCAUGCCCACCUGGUCCCCAGCAGUGCCCCGUACAUAAUGCAGCCCUGUUACCUUAAGCAGGCAUGGGACCUGCACAGUGGCCACGUGGGUAGCAGUGUCAGGGGGAGACCAGCAGUAUAUCCCCCUCCAGACCAACCCCAUCUCCUUUGCCAGUGCUUGCACACAAGUCCGGGAUGAAGGUUGUCCUUGUGCUCUGUGUCCUGUGGCUGCAGGGCAGGACGCAGUGCUAUGCUGCAGGGUGCCCAGCCUGGUGUCAUGCCCACAGGGGGGUUAUGGCCUUGCACACUCUCUCGCCCUGCAGGCAUUGACCGACACUCGCUCUGAGGACACCAGGGAAGUGCCACAGGCUCAUCCAACACAGGGCCUCUUGCUUGAGUACCGCAGGGCCAUGGAAGGAGGCUUGGGGCCCAGGGGCUCUCCAUGGGGGGGGCUGCCCAUCUGCCCUGGCCCUGGGAUUCACUCUGAGCCUGGGGCCAACUCCUGCCAAGCUUGGGGAGGAACAGAGCGGGGGAAAAAGGGUCCAAGGGUGCCUCCAGACUGUGAGCACACAGGGAUGCUCAGUAGGCACUGUGCUACCAGGAGCUGUGCAGCUGGACGCAGGGACACCUGCAUGGCACUGUGGGACCUGCAACAUCCCCCCCUCCCAGCGACUGCUGUCCCCUCCUGCUGCGAGACCCCAGUGCUUCAGGUCCCACUGGUUGUGCCGGGUGCCUGGGAGGAGCGCAUGGCUCAGCUGCACGCACAGGCUUGUUUUUUGUAGGGUCUCCAGGGCUGGAGCACCCUGGUAGAGGUGUUCGCAAGGGGACCCUGUACACUGAUAGGGGGGUGGGGGGAUAUUUAUUUAUUUACCAGUCUCUUCAGCCUUGCUGGAAUAAAGCAGCCUGCCCUAGGCA